GGGGGUCUCCUCAUGCUCUGGCUGCAGUGUUUUUGUCUCGCUGUCAGUGAGAUUGCUGGCCUUACACGGCUAAAGGGACAAGAAAAGGGUUUUGUAUGUGAUGGUGUUACAGGAGGUUGCUAUUGAAUCAUGGCUCAAGUGCUACAUAUGGACACCAGCUUCCCAGGGAAGAUUAACUCUACAGUCCCCACUUCCCUGCACCCAAAAGAUACAGAGGCUCCUUACUCAGUAGAGACCCCCUAUGGUUACCAUCUGGAUCUGGACUUCCUCAAAUAUGUUAAUGACAUUGAAAAGGGUAAUACUAUAAAGAGGGUGCCUGUUCAGAGACGUCCACGCUAUGGUUCUCUGCCCCGUGGUUAUGGUUACACUGGCUCGUGGUGGACCUCCACUGAAUCGUUGUGCUCCAAUGCCAGCAUGGACAGCCGCCACUCAUCCUACUCAUACUGUGCACCAGGCUAUCACACCACUCAGCGUCCCAACUUCAACAUGGCUCGUGUGGAGAAGACUCUGCUAGAUGCACGGCGAAAGCUGGAGGAAGAGAAGGACACUCGCUUUUCCAACUUAGGCAGCAUGCACAGCAGUGUUGCUGGCUCUAACACCUCUCUGUCCAGUGCCCACAGCUUCAAUCGUGCUCAGGGCGGGGGAAGUUCAUACACACCUGCCAGCUCAGGCCUGUCAACACCUGUAUCACCCACCCCAGCCCACCUACAGCAUGUACGUGAGCAGAUGGCCAUGGCCCUUAGGAAGAUCCGGGAUCUGGAAGAGCAAGUGAAGACCAUUCCCGUGUUGCAGGUGAAGAUCUCCGUGCUGCAGGAGGAAAAGCGACAGCUUAGUGUGCAACUAAAAAGUCAGAAGUUCUUGGGCCACACACUUGGGUUCAGCCGUGGGCGGCCACGUGGAGAGCUCUACAUUGACAUUCCAGAGGAGGGAGUGGAAGCUGCCACCUGUAAGGUGGAGGGGGGACUCUCCCCCACAACCCCCGAUGGCUCACGUCAGGACUCAGGCUGUGAGAUAGAAGAUACUGUGAUUGUGGGCAGUCUACGGCCAGGAACCAGGAAGGAGGUUCGAACCAUUGGUGUGGGUCCAGACAAUAAGGAGAAAGAUACUUGCCAGGUGGGUGUAGAUGUGAGGGAGGAAGACUUGGGCUUAUUGCCAGAGACAGAAGUUCUGAAGUCCAAGGUGGACCAGUUGGAAGUGCAGCUGAGAAAGACUAUGCAAGAGUUACAGAGUGCCCAGAUGAAGGUGGAGGCAGUGCAGAAGGAGAGGCAGGGUGGAGCCCUGCAGGCUGAUCAUGCUGUGAGGGCCACCAGCCUGGGCUGGCAGGAGCAGCAUGACCUGGGAAGUGCUGGCCUCCACACACUGGUCAGCUUUACCCACCAAGGCCAGCAGAAGCAGCAGAGGACAGUGGGGAUCCAGGUGUAUACGCUGGAGCAGCCUAUGGUGAUGCUCAGGACUCAACAAUGCAGCACCUCCACCAGACCUCUAUCUGCAUCCAUGCUGGAGGGGACUCCUCAGAGAGGAUAUGCAGAGCCUCUGAGUGCAGAAGAAUCAAUUGCAGUAAGCUCCAAACAGGUACGAGAGGUCCUAAGAACUGAAUUGUCCACAUCAGUGCCAGUCGCCAGCCCUUCUAGUGCUAUGGAGACAAACUACAGUCAAGCGGCUCCCCUAUGUCAGAGGCUGAGGGAUGGAGAACAGAAACAGCAGCUGGCCACAGAAGUUAUGCCCUCACAUGAAAGUGCACCCCAAACAGCCUCUCCUCAUUCCAGCUUGAGAUCAAUCAUGAAGCAUAAGGCAGACAAAGAACCACGCUCUGCUUCAACCCAGAAGAAUCUGCAGUUCAUAGGAGUGAAUGGAGGGUAUGAGUCCACCUCAUCAGAGAGCAGUUCUGAGACUUCAGAUGAUGAGAGUGAUGCAAGUGAAUAUCAUGAAGCCACAGAGAAACUACCGGAAUCUCCAGCUCAUCACCCUCAGGCAACCUCUGUUAGCACCUCUGCCGUUUCUAUACCUGUAAUUCCCAAAUCAUCAGAGACAGCAAAUGUCCAGCACAGCAACACCCCACUUUUACUUAGUGAGGGCCCAGGUCAUAGUAUCACUCAUUCACCAGCCUCUGACACAGCCACAUGUCAGCAUGUUACAAAAUCACCAGCUUCAGAUUCAGACCAAUGGCACUCUGCAAUCCAGUCAUCUACCACUGCCACGGCUCCUCAGGAGACUCUUAUCCUGUCAGCAGAAUCAGAUUCCAAUCAGCAAUAUACCACCCAAAACACUGCCAUUUGCACUGAACACAGUUCCAAUGAAUCACCAACAAUCUGCAUGGCAUUGGAACAAGUUGUUAACCAGCCCCAAGCCACUAGCUCAGAUAGCCAGCAAAAUUCUAACCAGCCAGGUGUAACCACUCAACAGCCCACUGCUCUGUCACAUACCACUGGUGCUUCUCAUCCAGAUGAUAGCCAAUCACAAACCACUGACCUCACUCCAUACCAGCAAACUGUGCAGUUGAAAGCUUCAGAUGCUUCUGACCAACAGGAUACAGGCAAAACUCCGGUCAGCAGUCCAACCGAAAAAACCUAUUCAAACAAAGCACCUAAACAAGAAAGCAGUUUCAGAGGGGAAAUGAGUGACAGCUUCAUGACAGCUCUUCAUACCUUGCAGAAAGCGCUUGGUGAACCAAAUGCUUUUAGCCAACAGGGGGCGAGAACAGCCUACACCACAGUGUUACAGGAGUGGCUGCGCGUCUCAUGUCAUAAAUCUGCGGACACAGCAGUGGUCCGAGCCUACAUGGAUGCCUUUGCCUCUGUCUCACCUCAGCUGCUGGAGUUUGUGAUCAAUAUGGCUGAUGGGAAUGGAAACACAGCACUACACUACACUGUCUCACACUCCAACUUCCCAGUGGUUAAACUGUUGCUGGACACAGGUCUAUGUAAUGCAGAUAAGCAGAACAAAGCUGGCUACACGGCUAUCAUGCUGACUGCUCUGGCUGCGUUCCACUCCGAAAGUGACCUUCAGACAGUUCUGCAGCUGUUGCGUACUGGAGAUGUCAAUGCCAAGGCUAGCCAGGCUGGACAAACAGCUCUGAUGCUGGCAGUGAGUCAUGGCCGAGGAGACAUGGUCAGAGCGCUACUGUGCUGUGGUGCGCAGGUCAAUCUGCAGGACGACGACGGCUCUACAGCCCUCAUGUGUGCCUGCGAGCACGGUCACGUCGACAUUGUGCGCCAGCUGCUCUCUGUACCAGGCUGUGAUGCCACGCUUACCGAUAAUGAUGGCAGCACUGCUCUCUCCAUAGCGCUAGAGGCUAGUCAGAAUGACAUUGCCGUGCUUCUGUAUGCCCAUCUGAAUUUUGCGAAACCUCCUUCCCCUGUGUCUCCAAAGUCGCAAAUUGUGGGAUCCCCACCGUCUUCAUCUGAAAUCCUAAAAUGAAACACUAAGGCUGAUUCCUCUGUGGACAUAUACUCAUUGUAAUUGUGCGUACAGUUGAUCUGUGAAAAUAUAUAUGG